GAGAUUCAGCCGGGAGAAUGAGUGCUUUAAAGAUAGUUGUUUGCCUUGUGGUGUUUUUCUUCGCUUUUUGUUCAGCCGGGUAUAACCAUACCUGUCCCAAAGUGCACGACAUCCAGUCCAGUUAUGUGACCAAUCAGUUUAAUCUGACCAAAUUUCAGGGGAUAUGGUACGAGGUAGCCUACCACGACUACACACAGCCAAAGCUCUGCCGAUGUCAGCGCUCUAACAAGCACUACAGCCCGGAGAACAAAAAGAUCUACGACUACGGCAGCCUCUACUGCGUCAACAAAACCUACAUCCAGAACCUGUCAUUUGCCCUGACCAACGUGACAGGCUACUUUGAGGGCCACUGGCCGCUCGUCCCCACUGUCGUCUUCCCAGAUACUGUGGUGGCCGUCCAGUUAGACGCUAGGGGGAAUUACGUGUGGGUGAUAGAGUUCCAGUGCGUUCAGAUAUUCAACAGAAUCGACUUCGUGGGCAUCAACUUCUAUCACCGGCGUAACAACGUGACUACAGCAGAGCUGGACAGCAUGUUUAAGGUUGCUAGGCAACAAGGAUUGGGAGAGUAUAUGGACUAUGGACCAAAAGUUACCCUCGUGGACCAUAAGAACUGCGUUUAUCCGUAACAACAAUGAUGAUGUCAUUGAGAGAUAAUAAUAAUUUAUCUACACACACGCGUGCACACACGCACACGCACACACACACAGCGAUCGACCUUAGAGAACAGUGGUUUGGUAAAGCUUGAAAUUAGUGCUCAAUGUUGCUUAACCGCAAUUAGCAUAUUUACACACACCAACAGAAAAUCAGAAAAAAUAUUUAGAUUAAAUAUAACCAAAAGUAUUCUUAUAUAUUCUUGAAUAACUUUUGUAUGGUUAUGUUAGAUAAUAAUAUGACAACCAUUCUGCUCUGUUAACUUUUGAAAUAUUGAAAUGUUUGUAUCGGACAUAAAAGACCAAGAAACGAUGAAGGGCUUUUAAAAAGAAAAUAUGAAUUUGAAUUUUACUUGGAAACC